AUGGGGAUGACGUACAAAGAAGCAUAUUCUUGGGGAACAAAAUCGUCAGAUGGGGAAUGGUCUGGAGCAACAGGAAUGUUAGUUAACAAUGAGGCAGAUCUGGCAGCAACUGCAUUGUUGUUAAUUCCUCCUUUAAUGUCAGUCAUCGCAUACACAACUCCAGUUGGCAGCACCAAGACUCGAAUGUACAUCAAGAGACCAUCUUCAACUGUUGUCAAUUGGGAGAAAUAUACAUUGCCUUUUAGUGGAGGGAUCUGGGCCUCUGUUGGAUUGUUGAUGGUCAUCUGCAGUGGCACAAUUGUUGUCGUUAAUUCCGCCUCGAAAAAUCUGCCACAAUCAGACCGUGACGAAUAUUUCUCCUCCAGAUUUUCGGAAAUCAUGUUUCUCGUAUUCGGGGCUUUUUGCAGUCAAGGCCUGCAACAAUCGACAGUGGAUCCUGUCAGAAUUAUCCACGUGGUCGUCCAUUUGACAGCUCUUGUGGUGCUGUCAGCAUACUCGGCUUAUAUUAUCAGCUUUCUUGCUGUCAAUAGCUUCAUAAUGCCGUUUACAACAAUGGAAGGACUUUUGCAAGACGGAACUUACAAAUUCGCGGUUGUCAAUGACUCUGCCGACUCCUUUUUAUUCGAGGUUACUACCGACAAAAUUCUUAAAAAAUUACGCGACGACGUAAUGUUGAAUCCCGAGGAAUUACCGAGGAAUUAUUUAGAAGGACUUCAAAAGAUCUGCGAAAAAGAAAAACUGGCCAUGGUGGCCGUGGAUUAUAUGGCGAAAAAUUCGAAACACAAACUAGACUGCACAUUAGAACCAUUAGACGCGAUUAUGCAAGUAACAGUCGCCAUGGCAGUGAAUAAAAAAAGCCCAUACCGAGGAAUAAUAAACAGCAAGUAA